AUGUCCAGCUCCUCCUCGCAGACCCCUCCGCACCACCAGCAGCCCCCUCAGAGGAUGCGGCGCGGCGCCGCCGGGUCCCCCACCAGCGGCAGCGCCGGAGCUUCGGUCGGUAUAAGAGGACCCCCGCCCCCGCCCAGCUGUACUCCGCCGUUGGCCCUGGCGGCCUCAGCGAGCGCCGCCGCCGCCAGCCCGCCAGGACCCGGCAGUGCGGUGGACCCGGGGCGGGUGAAGGGGAGGCAGAGGCGCUCGCCCGACAGUUUCACCAACAGCACCGCCGCCAACAGCAGCAGCAACGGCAGGCGGAGAAGCAUCUCGCCUGAGCGAAGGAGCCCCAGUUCACCCAUGUAUAGAGUGGACAGGCCAAAAACCCAACAAAUUAGAACAUCUAGUACCAUAAGACGCACCUCUUCGUUGGACACAAUAACAGGACCUUACCUCACAGGACAGUGGCCUCGAGAUCCAAACAUACAUUAUCCUUCAUGCAUGAAGGAUAAAUCCACUCAGACACCUAACUGUUGGGCAGAAGAGGUGUUAGAAAAGAGAUCGCAUCAGCGUUCAGCUUCAUGGGGGAGCGCUGAUCAACUAAAAGAAAUUGCCAAAUUGAGGCAGCAGCUCCAGCGCAGUAAACAGAGUAGUCGUCACAAUAAAGAAAAAGAACGUCAGUCACCUCUCCAUGGCAACCAUAUAGCAAUCAAUCAGACUCAGGCUUCUGUCUCCAGAUCAGUCCCUAUGCCACUGUCAAACAGUUCAGUGCCAAAAUCAACAGUUUCACGUGUGCCGUGCAAUGUAGAAGGAAUAAGCCCUGAAUUAGAAAAGGUAUUCAUCAAAGAGAGCAGUGGAAAGGAAGAAGUGUCCAAGCUUUCAUUGCAGCCCUUGGAUAUUCCUGAUGGCCGAAGAGCACCCUUACCUGCUCACUACCGUAGCAGCAGCACACGCAGUAUUGAUACACAAACACCUUCUGUCCAAGAGCGCAGCAGCAGUUGCAGCAGCCAUUCCCCAUGCAUCUCUCCCUUUUGUCCUCCUGAAUCUCAGGAUGGGAGUCCAUGCUCCGCAGAAGACAUGCUUUAUGACCGUGACAAAGACAGUGGGAGUAGCUCACCGUUGCCCAAGUAUGCCUCUUCUCCUAAACCCAACAACAGCUACAUGUUCAAACGAGAGCCCCCAGAGGGAUGUGAGCGAGUGAAGGUCUUUGAGGAAAUGUCGACUCGUCAGCCUGUCUCAGCCCCUCUCUUUUCAUGUCCUGACAAAAACAAGGUUAAUUUCAUCCCGACCGGAUCCGCUUUCUGUCCAGUAAAACUUCUGGGUCCUUUACUACCUGCUUCUGACCUGACACUCAAAAGCUCUCCAAACUCUGGUCAAAGUACAGCUUUGAGUACUCUUACUGUUGAGCAGCUUUCCUCUCGGGUCUCUUACUCCUCUCUGUCAGAUGACACCAGCACAAUGGAAUCUGCAGAAGUCUUAGUACAACAGCCGUCCCAGCAGCCUCCAACACUUUUGCAAGAACUACAAUCUGAUGAACACUCCACUCCUCAGAAUUAUGUAAUAAUCUAGAGUAAAGCAGUGUUGGUGUAAAACUCAACUGCAUGAGUGGCAUCGUCUCCAGAACAAAACAAAGCUACUUAUCAGCAUCUUUCUCUAUUUCAGUGCUAUUCUUGGCAGGAACAGAAAUGCUCUUAUUCAGCAUUUUUGUGUGUGUGUGUGUCAGGGGAGAGGACAAUGCUUGCAGAAUCUGUGUACUAUUAAGCAUUUUAAGUGGAGACUAUGCAUUUCAUAGAAUGUCUGACCAGAUUAGUACUGUGUCCUGUUUCAAAUUUUACAGUAUAAAUAAGCUCUAUAUCAAACAAAAGUUGCCUGUCUAAAUCGAAAAUGUCUUGCUGUGUUGUGUUCUAUGGAAAAUACUACUUCAGGAUUAUGUUUACAAUUUAUCCAGGUAUUUAUGUUUUGAACGUCUGUAAUACAUACAAUGCAAAAAAGAAAAAGAAAAAAAAAGAAAAGAAAAGAAGAAAAAAUGGCCACAACAGUUGCACAGUGCCCACCCUAUGGCCUAGCUUCAGGUACUUCUCUCGAAGUCUAAACUCAGGUAACUUGGAAUGUAUAUCAUAUUGGGAUAAAAAAAAUUACAGCUAAAAAGCUAAAGAGGGAACAUCACUCUUCUGCCUUUCAUUAUUUUAUGCAUUAAUAUUUCCUCAUUACAUUCCACUUUCUUGGAAAAAGUGCAUUCAGAUCCAGGGGAAUAACUACCCUGGAGAUGGGUGAACGUGAGGAGAACCAGCAAAUCAUUAAUGUGUGACAUUACAUCAUAUGGUUAUAAGUAAAACAACUGUUGCAUUUACCGUUCUUUUAGCUUGCAGAUUGUGGCAUUUAAAAGUUUCAGGUGUUGCACAGUUAUUGACUGUUAAGCUAUUGUGAAUGAAAUGUGUUCAGUCCUAGGUUGUACAUAAGAAACAUUCCAUGGUGUUGGUGUGAGCGGUGAUGCAAGGGAAGAAUGUUUUCAUUUUAGCAAAAAAGAAAGAUCAGGUUUUGAGGUGGGGGUGGGAAUGUCCUCUCAUGUUUGUGCCGGCAAGUUGAGGAAAUGAAAUGCUGUCAUUACCGUUUUAAGAAUCUAAUGUUUAGUUUCUCUUUUGGAGAAAAUGCUCUUUUGUGUGCUGGUUGGAAAAAGAAGCUUCUCGGUUUCAUUUUGUUUUUCUCAAGCACUGAUCAGUAAACUAUCUAAUGUGUGUACAUUGGGUGUUUUAUACCUGGACUUAAAAAAAUAACCUCUUACACAGCAUAUAAGGUUUUGUAGAAAAAAAUGGAGGGAGCAAUAGUUUUUAAUAUAAGUUAUCUACUCAAAGCCUUUUGUAGUAAUCUGUGGUUUAGACCAUUGACAGGUAGGUUUUUGCUAUUUGAAAGUAAGUAGACAAUGCUGGAUCUCAUGAGUUUUCUUCAUAAAUGCUGCAUAGCCUAGAAGCAUCCAGCAGCAAUUUCUUACUGCCCUGGAACUGUGACAGCAUUGCUUUUGGAGAUAAUAACCUGCAAUACAAAGAGGACCCCAAAGGCAAGAGACACUCAAUAUUCUUGGGCCUUUGCUUUCAGUUCUGUGAGAGUAGCUUUAUGCAAGUCUGUUUCUAAGAAAGCUUGCUUCCUCUGUUCAGAAACUGAAAAGAUUAAGGCUGCAGCUGCUGCAGCAUUUAUACUCACUUCAGUCCUUUCUUUUAGGGAAGAAUUUGGAGGGGGAAAAGGGGGGGGAUUAUAAAAAAGAGGCCUCAGUGAAGAGUAGCUAAGAAAAGGAAUAUGGAAAUUAUGCAGCAUGUGUAUGUGGUUGCAAGAUGAAGCCCAAUUUCCUUCUUAUCACCAAAGAGUUUGGUAAUAACUUGUUAGGAAGUACAGAACUCUACAGCCUCUGUGCAGUUGUUGUACAACUCUAGGAGCACGCUGAGAGUGAAAGCUAAAGAUCUGUUUUAUUUCCAUGGAAUUUUUAUUAUUAUUAUUAUUUUUAAAAUAGCAUAAUAGCAUCUCAACCUUGCUAAUCUCAGGCCUUGGCAAAAAUGCUAUAUAGUUUGUAUGUUAAAGUAUACGGGAGAAGCAUUCAAUUUUUGUGAUCUAAGUGUGUGUUCUUAAAGCUUUUACAUUGAAGUUGAAUAUAACAGUACAUUUCCUUUCUUAUCUCUGGUUGUUUCCAAAUGUAACUACAUAGUCAAGGUUCUCUGUGUUAGGAUUUAUGGAAAGCUCUAUCAGGUGACUUUUAGAUCACAAACUCUGGUGUACAAUAUUUAUAGCGUUAUUACAUUCUGUUUUCCCACGAGAAACUAAAUAUUAAUUGUCACAUGCAUUUGUUCUUAGCAUAUUUGGAGGGUUUUGAAUCAAAUGUGUUAAAGCUAAAGCUUUGCUAUGUGAAUUUCUCAGCAGUUGUUGAUCUCUAAUAUACCCUAUAUACAGCUGUAGAAAUUUGUCAAAUUUUGUUUCAGGAGUUUUGUACAUAGUUGUAUUGUUAUUUCUAGCCACUGUGCUGAACAGUAUUCAGAUUACCACACAAUAUUGCUUUACACAAGGAAAUGUGUGGCUUUUUGUUUUGUAUUUUUUCAGUAUAGAAGUUCCUGUGUCUUAUUUAAAUAAAGUUAUUAGAAAACACACACACACACACACACACACACACACACACACAAACACACACACACACACACACACCGUACAGCCUGUGAAAUAUAGCAUGUCUGUUUUAUUUAAAAGCUGUGUUGGGAAGUGAUUCAGACAUACGGAAAUGAUGUGGAACAUAGUACUUUGACCUUUUCCAUUGGAAAGGGUGAUGGAAUUGUAUUUGAGUGCUGGCCCAUGUUGAAAAUUGCCUUUUAUAUACAGAAAACUUAAAUUCAUCAAGAAAAAGGAGCAGUUGAGAAGUGGAAGACUCUGCUUGCAAGUAACUAUUAAAAGGGAUAAUGAGGCUAAAAUCCUGCUUCUCUCUUCCUUAGAAUGUGUCUGUACUUCAUAUUGGACUUCCCAACCAGUAACCAACUGUUGUACUUUGAAUUGUGUCUUUCUGUAAUUAAAUCAUUCAUGCAUCUGUU